AUGGCGGACGGUCAAGGCGACGGAGUGACAACGAAAAGACAGUCUUCUAGCGAGGAAGAACCACAUAGAAACUCGCCUGAAACAGGCUCACACGGAAAUUCAUCUACUGGUGCCUCUUUAAAUCAGCAAAGUACAUCGUAUAGUCGUUCACAAGAGCCAUGGAAUGUUCUUUGGUACUGGAUGUCCGUUCAUUAUUACCAACAAUAUUAUUAUCAGCUUUGUUCGUACAUGUAUUACUGGCAAACUGUUGCAUCGCAAUCAAUGUAUCAAGAAACUUUUCAAAGCCAAAGCAGUUAUUCUCAGUCGACUUUGCAAAAUCAAGGAUCUCAACCCGGUUUAUACGCUGGACAAGCCCGGCAAAACACAGCAAACGUUGAAAAUCGACAUGUACCAAGACCUCCGAUGAACGGUGGCGUUUUCUUGCAAGGUACAGCAGUACCUUGGACUUAUCCAGGACAACAAGCUGUUACAACAGGUAAUGUUCGUGUUAGCCUAAUUUAAUUUUUGUGGACUUGAGCAUACCAGAAGAGUUAAGUGUAAAAAGCUACUUUACGCUGUAUAUUGAAAUUAUAAUUUGAACAGUGAUCCAUCUGGAACACAUCAGCUGCAGUUAGUCCUGGCGCUUGCACAGCUUUCAAACACUGAGUCUAUGACCCAAGCCUAUUAUGAGUCCCAGAAAGUGAAUAAGAGUCUUGUACACUCGUGCAUCAUAUUAAAAUAACAUAGAGACAGUUUGGAGAUUUGUCUUUUUUUCCCGGAGCAAACCUACUUAGGAAUACAUGAAAUUCCAUCUUUCUGAUCUCAUACACAGUCACGAGUACUUUUUUCAUCCAGAGCUCGUAUAAUUUUCGUUCUUUUAUUCCUGUGCAAUUGUUUUUGCAUAUUCAGCCUCACUGCCUGACGGCUCUUCUGUGUGUUCCAUUGCAGAUUUCACUAAAAAUGUACAACUCGUUUUGCAACUGAUUCAUAGGAGACAAAAGAAAUUCUGCGUUAACUUGAGAAUGAUUUCACCUUCAGCAUAACCACUAGCAGGUUCAAGUUGUAGUUAAUUGCUAAACUUUGUUUAUGAAUUUCUUAUCUGUCCUUGUUUUUUUAUCCUCUAUACCUGUAGUUUCUGAGGUACAGAUUGCACCUGUCUCAAGAAGGAUAUAUGCUGAAAUACUUGAUUUUAUCUUCCUGUACCUUACAAAGAUUCUUGUGUUUUCAAUUUAGUAAGUGGUUGCUUCUGUUUUCUUUGGUGUUAGUAGUGUAAUGUUGGCCUUUUUGUAGCCACACUUUCUGUGGUGUCAUGGGGUGAUUUUUUGUGACUAUUCUCUUUUACACAUUUUCUCUGACUUACAGUCCUGUCAGAGAAAAUGUCAAUCAAAUGUAAAGCAGUGCACAUAUCUCUUUAAAAAAGUGCUUUAAGUUUAGACAAGUAUACCAUAACUUGACAUUUGAUGAAAACUAUUAUUUUAAUGAUAUUACUAAUGACACUGUCUUAGUACAGUUUCAAAGAAUUAUGUUUACUUUGUUCAACUGCACUCCCUUUAUACUCCACUCCAUGAGUAGAAGUGAUUGAUGUAUUAAUUAUACAUGGUAGUCCCACACUGAUAGAAAUGCUCAACAGGAUGAUUAUCACAUAUUAUCAUAAUUAUGACCUGUAUGGUCCCCCGUGCAAUUUCGUUGAAAAGCCGUAUAAAACAAAGUCCCUUAUAAAAUUAUGGCCAUACAGGUCAAGUGAUAGGGCUGGAAAAACCUGUAGGGCCCUACUAGAAAAGGGCAGUGAUCAAUACGGCUACACUCUGUCAGAAAAUUCAAAUACACAGCGGUCAUUGAAAAAAUGCUUCUUGACUGAGUUGGGUCAGGUCAAUAUUUGGUUCUCUGUCAGGAUGGUCAAGUAGAAAAUUUUCCCUUCCAUUCCCCCCACUCAAUCAACUAGUACAUCGUCUUUUACAUCUCAUUUACUUACUGAAGUUACAUUUGCUAUAAUCAAUCAUAUUUUUAACACUAUACAGUACAGCCUCAGUAUUGAUGAUCCUAGCAGUAUGCAGGAUAAAUGUCUCUUUUGAUUAAGUGAAUAUUCUAGCUCCCUAUGAUUCUCUGUAGCUCAAUCAGUAGAUAGAGCACCAUUGUUUGGGAGGUCAAAGGUUUAAAUUUUGCUGGGUACUCAAGGUUACCUUUUUUUCUUAUUUUUCUACUUUGAAAAUUAAGCAUAUUGACUUCUUUCUCGUAAAGAAUUUGCUUCCGAUUCAGGCAUUCUUGAGUGAUGAUAAAUAUACAUUUCUACUUUCAAUCUCUGACCUUUUUCAUUGUGAAUGGUUGUCAAUACAAGAAGUUUACUUUUUCAGUGACGACCUGGAGAAAUAUAAUCAGUUACAGUAUUCACUUCUCAGUGAUGAUGAAGAUCUGAAUCUUAACAUUCAAGAUAUCCAGGUGCUUCUUGUCCAAGCUUUGGUUUACAGACUGCUGGUGUUUGCAUAUGAGGUACAGAUUCAGUAGAAUUUUUUAAAGAUAACUAAGAAAUUAAUACAAGGAAAAGAAAAAAAUGUUAAAAAAUGAAAUGGGGCCGGGGAUUUUUGAUUUGUUGACACAGAAAAUAAUCUUUAUAAGUGUAAUGAUCAUAGUGUCAGGUCCACACUUUAGGUUUUGAAGGCCAUUUGUUUUCGAAAUUUCCAGCAUUAAAAUCUGACAGCAGCUCUCCUAAUAAUCAAACCCCUCUUUAGGGACACGUCUGUAAUACUGGCAUCUCUCUUUUAUCGAUUGUUCUCUUGAUCUCAAAGAUAAAGAACAAGAAAGCUCCAUACAUUUUCUAACUCUAUUAAACAGGCAGACAAUUGGCUCUGUAUCUUUGAUGUCCAUUAUUAUCAAGAUUUUAGUUAUGUUACCUCUAUUGGCAUUUUAUGUGGGUAAGAAAAGAAUAGUUACAUUCAGUGGAGGCGUAGGGGUUCUUAAAUAAGAUGAGGUUUGGACGAGGUGAAAAUUUUUCCAAGACUCGUGACUAUUCUGACUAGGAAUGUUCCAAUCUUUGGCCCUGUGACUGUACAAUUUGAAAUAUUUUUCUCAUGAUCCUUUGCAGGUGUUUUUCCUAAUGGGUGGACUACAUGGGAGUUUAGGAGGAGCCACACCUGGGAAAUAUCUCAUGGGAUUGUCGGUCAUUGCAACUGAUAGCAUUUCUACAGUGGCAACCGACCCAGCAGGUGACCGAGUGAGAAUCAUCCCUGGAGGAAACCUUGGAUUCUGGAGGUAGGCUAGCUAUAAAAUGCAAUUGCAUAACAUAUACCUCUAGUCCCAAAAGUGCUUUUCUUUCAUGUCCAUUACACCCCAAAAAAUAGAAGUUGACCCUUCUUACUAACAGAUUAGUCUGGUCGUGAUGUGAACUUGAUUACCGGAAGUGUGAUCAUGAUAAUUAUUGUUAAAUGGAUCUGAACUCAAUUACCGGAAGUCUGGUUGUGUCACCACCAGAACGGAUCGUCAUGAUCCAUUACUGUCUGGUGACCCCCCUCACACAACAUACAUACAGUGAUAAUUUGAACUCUCUCAUGACCCAACUAUCAAAGAGUUGGGUGGUCAACCUAUAGCCGCCACUGUCCUGUGAUACCCAGAUAACAGGCACACAUAGGAAGUAUUAAUCAUGAUUUCUGGUAACUGAGUUCACAUCUGUUUAACAUAGCAUGACCUGACUUCUGGUAGAUGGACUUCAAUAUUAGAUGACCAGACUUGGACAAGUUACAUGUACCUUCACUUAGGGAUUAUUCGUAACAUUUUUUGUGUUUGCUUGUGAUUGGUGAAUUGAAAAACCUCGCUCAGAAAAAGCAGUUUGAAAAAAGUGAUAUAAUGUUAUUAUUUUGUUGGAUACAAAAGUGGAUGUUUUAGAAUGGCUGGGAAAUUUGCCCAGAAUAAUAUUGAAGGUCGUCAUCUCUCUGUAAAAAGAGUGUUUUUUUUUCUGACUUUAUCAACAGAUCAUUUUUGAGGGCCCUGCUUAAAAACUUCUCCAUGACGUUCCUGUUUCCUGUGUUUUUCACAGUCCUGUUUUUUGAGCAUAGUCGUACAGCCUAUGAUGUCAUUGCAAACUCAACAGUGGUAGUUACUAGUGCUGCUCCACCGAGACAACAGGGUAACCAGUUGAAUCGGAGACAGUAGGGUAGUAAUUUGGCUGCUUGUUUUAGGAUGUACUGUACAUUGAAAUUAGCAUUUUUCAAAAAGUUGGUAUCCUUGAAUGCCUAGAUUGUGAUUGCAAGCAGGGAAAAUUUUGAUCUCAAAUCCUUGAAAGUGUUUGUGACGAGUCAAGUGGUUACAGCUGUAUGCUUUUGUGACUAGAGUCAACUCCCUUACAUGUAAUAGCGGACACCAUAGGGACCUCACGUUAGUGUCCUCAUGCAUUGGCAAGAGUCUGUAAUAGAGGGAGUUUAUUUCAGUCAAACUUCUCUAAUUUAUUUUUGCCUGGGAUCUAGCUGCUGCCCUUAGAGUUAUAAGUGGGGUACUUAUAAAUGGCAUUUUACAGUAUACUUUUAUUUAACCCAAUGGCUACCUUAGGGCGCUUUCCAUUUGUCAGAACUUGCUGGCCUGACCAUUGGCGGAUCAGUCAGUUAGCAAAUGAAAUUGGCUUUUUCCAAAGGGUUUUUGCUGAGAAAUCAU